UUUAAUCUAUUCCCUACAUUGCCGAGUCAUCGCCACGACGCAAAAAUGCUCUCGCAACUCCUCUCCUACUCUCCCCCUCUCCCUCCUCCGAUCGCCUCCUCCUCUUCCUUCUUCCACUUCCACCGCCCCUCCUCCACCUCCGCCGCCGCCUCUGUAUCCGGUGGCGUCCGCCGCGGCGACCUCGCCGGAGCCCGCCGGCGCGGCCGCCCCGACCCCCCGAAGUGUUCGCUCUCGCUGGAUGGCGCCGUGGUCCGCGACGUCGGCGCGGCGGCGCUCGCCACGGGGGUUGCCCUCGGCAUCCUCCGCUUCUGGGAGGAGCUCGCGAAGAGAGGGGUCUUCGAGCAGAAACUAAGUCGAAAGCUUGUGCAUAUAAGCAUUGGAAUGGCAUUCUUGCUCUUCUGGCCCAUUUUCAGUUCAGAAAGCUACGCUCCAUUUCUUGCGGCACUAGCUCCUGGAAUCAAUAUUAUAAGGAUGCUUCUAUUGGGACUCGGUAUAUGGAAAAAUGAAGCAAUGGUCAAGUCGAUAAGCAGAGAAGGAGACUACAGAGAACUUCUGAAGGGCCCAUUAUACUAUGCGUGUACUAUAACUCUUGCUACUUUGAUAUUCUGGCGAUCAUCUCCCAUGGCAAUCGCUGCAAUCUGCAACUUAUGCGCUGGAGAUGGUGUUGCAGACAUAGUGGGAAGACGAUUCGGAAAGGAAAAGCUUCCUUACAAUCCUAACAAGUCCUACAUCGGCAGCAUAGCAAUGGUAUUAGCCGGCUUCAUAGCAUCAGUUGGGUACAUGCAUUACUUCCACUUAUUUGGAUUUAUUGAGGAAAGUUGGUGGAUGGUGAUUGGCUUCUUUAUUAUCUCUUUAACUGCAGCUUUUAUAGAGUCACUACCCAUUAGUUCAGAUUUAGAUGACAAUUUGACAGUUCCCUUAGCGUCGCUGUUAGUUGGUGCUUUUGUAUUGUAAUGCCAGUAUUUGUACAAGUAAUUUGUUACAAUAUCUUGUUGCUGAUGCAUGUCUAUCUUUUCUUACAUACCAUGCGUAGAUUUUAAAGCCCCCA